UGAGGCUCUUCUGUCAUAAUUUCUUCUAUCAAAAGUUACCCAAAGUACGAAAAUGAGUCUUUUAUUAGAAACCGACCAUAUUCAUUUCGAGUUUUCGUUGGGGUCGGGGCAGAUUUUGGCCUCUGAAGCCGUGAAGUUGCUGACUUUGUGCAAGGAAAUCGCCUAUCUAAAGCCACCUAAAACUUCCCAUCAUCGCUAUGAAAACAAGCUGCAAAUUGAGGAGCAAGAUGGAGAAGAUGACCACAACGGCGAGUACUCCUUGGCGGAGGCCGAUGACCAUGGCCCUGAUGAGGUGAUGAAGGUGACCACACCUGCAACCGCUGGCGGACCACCAGAAAUUGCUGGAGGAGAGCUAACUAAGUCCAAGUCCAAUGCACUGAUCAUCGAAGUAAUCGAUUCGCCAGCCGAACGCUUCAGUGCAUCAUCUCCGAAUUAUGUUUGAUGUUUGAAUAAUUUGAUCCGCAAUUACCAAACUUAUCCUGCAAUCCAUCUAAAUUGAGGAUUACCCUAUUAAAAUCCCCUUAAUUCCUUGGAAUAAGGCAAUCUGACUUUUAA